AUGUCUCUCGCUCAGCACGUCACCCAGGCCGAAGGCUUCGACUACGAACGUCCCACAGAACACAUCGAAUCAACUGGCAAUGGCGAGUCAAUCUUCGGUACACUCAACCCAUUCAACACAGAUAGCAGUAACGAUGACCCGCAAUGGAGGCGCUUGAGCUUUGCGCCUGUCGAGACCCUACACGCCGAGAAGCCAAUCGCAGCUUACAAGGUCUCCAACACCAAACGAUGGGUGCAAGUAGCGACUAGUAUAGUGGCAUGUUGGCUAGCUGCGGGCAUUGUAUUCGGAUUCGCUGCCCUCAAACCUAUUCUGAUCGCCGAGGGCGUCUACAGCAAUCUCUGCGAUGCCAACGAUCCGGGCGUGGUGGGCGACGGCGACUACAUUCCAUGCACCGAGCAAGACCUCAGAUUGAACUUGUUCUUUAUUGCCGCCUCUGUUACAGCGAAUGUAUCUUCCCUGUUGGCCGGCUCUGUCCUUGAUCGCUAUGCCUCACGCAACAUCGCUUCCUUUGACGGCUACUCCCUAGGAAACAUCAUGCUUGCCCUCGGUGGAACCUUUGUCUUUGUCUCCAGCUUCCAGCUCGCCAACUAUCGCCCUAAUUUAUAUAACGGCGGCGUUAUAUAA